CUUGUCUUCCCUUUUUGCAUGUCCAUAGACACCAUAGGACCAAACCAGUAUGUCAAGGAUGAUGACAUAAUAGUUUCUAAACAAAUGAAGUUUGAGCUAGGCUUCUUCAGCCCUGGCAACUCUAGUUAUAGGUAUCUUGGAAUUUGGUAUGCUAACAUACCAGAAAAACCAGUGAUAUGGGUGGCAAACAGGGACAAUCCGAUUACUGAUUCAUCUGGUGUCCUCACAAACAGGUAUGGAAACUUGGUUCUUUAUGCUUAUAAGGAAAACUUAACUAUUUGGUCCACAGAGGUGUCAGUGCAAACUACAAGUAGUACUUCAGCUCAAAUUCUAGAUACAGGAAACUUGGUUUUGGUCCAGGGUAACAAUGAAGAAUUUAUAUGGCAAAGCUUUGAUUAUCCAACGGAUACUAUGAUUCCAGGAAUGAAACUUGGGUUGAAUCGUGAGACCGGUCUGGACAGCUUCAUAACAUCCUGGAAGUCAGAAGAUGACCCUGGAACUGGGGACUAUUCAUACAGGCUCAACCUUACUGGCGCCCCACAAUUCAUUCUGUAUAAUCGUUCAAGUAAGUAUUUUCGAACGGCUAUGUGGCCAUGGAGUCCAUCACCAAGUACAACACCUUAUGCAUAUGACUACAAUUUUGUUAAUAAUCAAGAUGAGACAUCUUUGAUUGAUUCUUCUGAUAAAUCCUCCGAAAUUUCAAGACUUGUGGUGAACCAUAAUGGCAUACUUCAGCACCUAACAUGGAAUGAUGUUGAGAGUCGAUGGAAGGAAAUGUGGGCGGCGCCAAAAUUCAGGUGUGAUCCGUAUGGACAUUGUGGCGCCUUCAGUGAAUGUAGUCUUGACAAUAUACAAUCCGAAUGUUCAUGUUUGCCAGGGUAUGAACCAAGUUCUUCAGGAAAUUGGUCAGAAGGGAUUUGGUCAGAUGGGUGUGUGAGUAAGCAGGUAGAAGUAUCUAAUAAGUGUGGAAAGAAUUUUGUGAAGGUGGAACAUGUGAAGCUUCCAGAUGCAUCAAUAUCAGCUUUGCUGGACACACAGAUGGGUGAAAGUGAGUGCAAGAGAGCAUGCCAGAACAAUUGUUCAUGCGUCGCAUACGCAAGUCUACAAAUUGAUGGAGGUGGUGGUUGCAUGGCAUGGUAUGGGGAAUUGAUGGACACUUUAAUAUUGGCAGAGCAGGGACGAGAUUUCUAUGUUCGAGCAGAUGGAACUGAGGCAGCUGAGAAUGACAGAAAACCAAGUUUCCUCAGAAGGAGGGGAAUGCUGGCUGUUCUAAUUUUACCUGCUGUGCUGGCACUUUCUGUCAUCAUGAUGGCCUACUGGUGGCUUAUCAAGAGAAAGACUGAAGCCAUUAUAUUGAGAAGGACAUGGGGGAGACAAUACUCUCAUUUUAGUACUUUCAAUGAGCCUGUGGUGGAACACAAAGUAGGGGAAACUCGUAGACACCCAGAUUUGCAACUUUUCUAUCUCAGCACAAUAAAAGCUGCAACAGAUGACUUCUCUCUGGCUAAUAAACUAGGAGAAGGUGGUUUUGGCUCUGUUUAUAAGGGCCACUUAUCCAACCAACAGAAGAUUGCUGUGAAAAGAUUGUCCAAGAGUUCAAGACAAGGAGUUGAAGAAUUUAAAAACGAAGUUACACUCAUUGCAAAACUUCAACACAGGAAUCUUGUGAAGCUAUUAGGAUGUUGUAUAGAGGAAGAAGAGAAGUUGUUAAUCUAUGAAUACUUGCCAAACAAAAGUUUGGACUUCUUUCUUUUUGAUCAAACUCGUAGGUCUGCCUUGGAUUGGAGAAAUCGAUUUGCAAUAAUCACUGGAGUUGCUCGUGGGAUUUUGUAUCUCCAUGAAGACUCAAGGUUGAGAAUUGUCCACAGGGAUCUGAAAGCUAGCAAUAUUUUGCUUGAUGCUGACAUGAAGCCGAAAAUUUCAGAUUUCGGCUUGGCUAGAAUAUUUGAUGGCGACCAACUACAGGAUGUGACACGAAAAAUUGUAGGGACAUAUGGUUAUAUGUCACCAGAGUAUGCAGGGUAUGGAAAAUUUUCCACAAAAUCAGAUGUGUUUAGCUUUGGGGUUAUAGUGUUGGAGAUUAUAAGUGGCAAGAAAAACAAUGCUUCUUAUGAGGAGGACCAUUCCAUCAAUUUGAUAGGUCAUGUAUGGGACUUAUGGAGAGAACACAGUAUCCUAGACAUUGUGGAUGUCGUACUGGAGUCAUAUAACAUUGAUGAAGUGCUGAGAUGCCUUCAAAUUGGUCUCUUAUGUCUGGAAGAAGAUACAACAGAUAGGCCAACUAUGUCCGAAGUUGUCCUCAUGUUGAGUGGUGAAAGAGCUCUUGCAUCCCCUCAAAGACCAGCAUUCAUCUUCAAAAAAACUUGCCACAAUAGUUCCGGUUUACUAAUAACAGAAAGAUUUUCUUCCACUAAUGAUAUAACAGUUACUGAUGUUUUAGCCAAAAUGGUGCUGAAGAGUUUGCUACUAUUCCUCCUCUUCCCAUUUUGCAAAGCUAUAGACACCAUAGGAUCAAAUCAGUAUGUCAAGGAUGGGGACACCCUAAUAUCUACAGAAAAGAAGUUUGAGUUAGGCUUCUUCAGCCCUGGCAACUCCAGUUACCGGUAUGUUGGAAUAUGGUAUGCUGAAAUACCUGAAAACCCGGUAGUAUGGGUGGCAAACAGAGACAAUCCCAUCAACGAUUCUUCUGGUGUCCUCACAAUAAAUAGGUAUGGAAGUUUGGUUAUGUAUGCUCACAAUAGGGAAGACUUGGUUAUAUGGUCUACAAAGGCGUUAGUCCAAACCACAAGUAGCACUACUUCAGCUAGGCUUUUGGAUACAGGUAACUUGGUUUUGUUCCAGGGUAACAAUGAUGGAGAUGUCUUAUGGCAAAGUUUUGAUUAUCCUACAGAUACUAUGCUUCCGGGAAUGAAACUUGGUUUAAACCGUGUGGUCAAGCUGGACAGCUUUUUAACAUCCUGGAAGUCACAAUUCGACCCUGGAACUGGGGAUUUUUCAUAUAGCCUCAACCCUACUGGCUCCCCACAAUUUUUUAUGUACAAUGGUUCAACUCCAAUGUGGAGAAGUUCUCCGUGGCCAUGGCAAGAUGCUUCAUUAACUCCAAAUUAUGUAGAUAUCUACACUAUGGUUAAUAAUCCUAAUGAGACAUACAUGAUCGUCACUUCUGAUAGCACAUCUGGUCUUUCAAGGCUUGUGGUAAACUAUUCCGGGACACUCCAGCAAUUAACUUGGAAUAAUGCUGACAGUCGAUGGGAGGAAAUCUGGGUUGGACCGAAGUACAAAUGUGACCGAUAUGGAGAUUGUGGUACUUUUAGUACAUGUAUUCCUGACAAUAUUCAAUUUGAGUGUGCAUGUUUACCAGGGUAUCAACCAAGGUCUUUGGAGCAUUGGAAUCAGAGAAAUGGAUCGGAUGGAUGUGUGAGUAAUAAACCAGUAGAAGUAGAACGAUCACAAUGUAAGAAUGGAGAAGCAUUUAGGAAGGUGGAUGGUGUGAAGCUUCCUGAUGCAUCAAUAUCAGCUUGGUUUGACACAAAUUUGAGUGAAAAGGACUGCAGAAGUACAUGCCAAAAGAACUGUUCAUGUGUUGCAUAUUCAAGUGUAGAUUAUGAUGGAGGAGUUGGUUGCUUGAUAUGGUAUGGUGAUCUGAUGGACACCUUACUGUUAUCAUAUGGGGGACGUGACUUAUACAUUCGAGGGGAUACACUUGAAUCAGGUACUAGAAAAUCAAGAGGUUUCAUGAGAAGGAGGGGAAUGCUUCCUAUUCUAAUUUUGGCUGUUUCAAUUUCACUGCUUCUCAUUAUGUUUGCCUAUUGGUGGCUUUUAAAAAGGCAUACGACGAAAGGUAUGAGAACCAGGGGAAAGUGCUCUCUUUUUAGUUCUUACAAUGAGUCUAUGGUGGGGAAUAAACUAGAAGAAACUAGGAGACAUUCAGAUUUGCAAAUAUUUGAUCUGAGCACAGUAAUAGCUGCAACAGAAGACUUCUCCCAUGCUAACAAAAUCGGAGAAGGUGGUUUUGGCUCCGUUUAUAAGGGCAAGUUGGCCAAUGAACAGAAAAUUGCUGUGAAAAGAUUGUCCAGGUGUUCAAGUCAAGGGAUUGAAGAAUUCAAAAAUGAAGUUAUGCUCAUUGCGAAACUUCAACACAGGAAUCUUGUGAAACUGUUAGGCUGUUGUAUAGAACAAGAAGAAAAGUUGUUGAUCUAUGAGUACUUGCCGAACAAGAGUUUAGACUACUUUCUUUUUGAUCAAACUAGAAGAUCUUCUUUGGAUUGGAGAACUCGGUUUGACAUAAUCAUUGGAGUUGCUCGUGGGAUACUAUACCUCCAUCAAGACUCGAGGCUAAGAAUUAUCCACAGAGACCUAAAACCUAGCAAUGUUCUUCUAGAUGCUGACAUGAAGCCAAAAAUUUCAGAUUUUGGCAUGGCCAGAAUAUUUAAUGGGGACCUACUACAUGAUAAGACUAACAGAGUUGUUGGGACAUUUGGAUAUAUGUCACCAGAAUAUGCAGUGUAUGGAAAGUUUUCAACAAAAUCAGAUGUGUUUAGUUUCGGGGUCAUUUUGUUGGAGAUUGUAAGUGGGAAGAAGAACAAUGCCUCUUAUCAGGAAGAGCAUUCCCUCAAUUUGAUAGGACAUGUUUGGGACCUAUGGAAAGAAAAGCGAGUCUUAGACAUUGUGGAUCCUGAAUUAGAGUCGUAUGAAAUUGAUGAAGUCCUUAGAUGCAUCCAAAUCGGUCUCUUAUGCCUGCAAGAAGAUGUCAUGGAUCGGCCAACUAUGUCUGAAGUUGUUCUCAUGUUGAGUGGUGAAAGAGCUCUCGCAUCCCCUCAACGGCCAGCGUUCGUCUUCAAGUUCAGCAUUGGUGAUUCAUUAGUAGCAGAGGGAGUUUAUUGUUCUAAUAAUCUGACAAUCACUAAUGUCAUAGGUCGAUAAACGAGCAUGCUCUCUGUAUCAGCUUCUUAUAGACUGCUAGAAUGGGAAAUAAAAACUGUGUUACAUUCAAUGAAUUUACGUAUAUGAUGAACUGUAAAUUUUACCGUC